CCUAGAUUCUGGAAUCCAUAUAUAUGUUAGCCUCAAUAAAAAAUCAACACACCAGUCGUCAUUCUCCAAGUAGCUGCUGUAGCAGAGCAUACGCAUAAUCUAUCGCUGAAACAAGCCACAUACCAUUUUUUUGUCGGUAUGGCAGUCACAUUCCAUGACUUGGGCUCUGCUGCUGGCUUGAAAAAGCUCGAUGAGUACCUCCUCACUCGCAGUUACAUCUCUGGAUACCAAGCUUCAAAGGAUGACGUCACUGUCUACGCUGCUCUAUCAGGGGCCCCAUCCUCUAGCUAUGUGAAUGUUUGUCGGUGGUACAAUCACAUCGACGCCCUUUUUCGGAUCUCAGGUGUUUCUGGUGAAGGGUGUGGUGUGACUGUUGAGGGAUUUGCUUCCACAGAGGCUGUUGCCACUCCUCCAGCUGAGGAUUCAAAACUGCAGGCUGCUGCUGCUGAAGAUGAUGAUGACGACGAUGAUGUUGAUCUAUUUGGUGAAGAGACUGAAGAGGAAAAGAAGGCUGCAGAAGAACGUGCAGCUGCUAUUAAGGCCUCUGGCAAGAAGAAAGAAUCUGGCAAGUCCUCAGUGUUGUUGGAUGUUAAGCCAUGGGACGAUGAGACUGACAUGAAGAAACUUGAAGAAGCAGUAAGAAGUGUCGAGAUGGACGGGCUGCAUUGGGGAGCAUGUAAACUUUUGCCUGUUGGUUAUGGAAUAAAGAAAUUGCAAAUUAUGUUGACCAUUGUGGAUGAUUUGGUAUCAGUUGAUACUCUCAUUGAGGAACAUUUGACAGUUGAACCGAUUAGCGAGUAUGUUCAGAGUUGUGACAUUGUCGCAUUCAACAAAAUAUAAUGGGUGUCAUGCAAUAGCAGUUUCUUGGAGGAGGCUUUUGGGUUAUAGCCUAUAUGUUUAAGAUUUUCAUCUGCACUUUUUGUUUGCUAGAACUUAAUUUUAAGAUUUUUGUUUGUUAUUUUUGUACA